AUGGCUUGGAAAAAAUGCUACAAGAACAUUAAGGAUGAGGGCCUUGGUCUUAUCUCUCUUAAACACUAUAACAAUGCAGCCAACAUUCAGCUUUGCUGGCUAUUUCUAAACAACAAUCAAUCCUGGUCAUCCUUCUUGCUGGCAGAGUUAGAAAGAGAAACAAGUUUAUCAAUUACUCCAUCAAAUCUUCUCUCUGGAAAGGGAAGAUCAUUUAGCUUGAAAAACGUUGAAAAUAGUUACUUGUCACUCAAGCAGGCCUAUGAUUUUAUUACCAAACCAGCUAGUAUUGACUUGUGGUCUAAUUUCCCUUGGGACAAAGAUACUGCUCCUACUCACUCCAUGCUUGUUUGGAGGCUCAUUCAUAAUCGAAUCCCCACAGAUGAGAAUCUUCAGCUUUGUGGUAUCCAAUUCCCAUCAACGUGCUCUCUUUGUCAGGCUGUUACUGAAACUUCAACUCACCUAUUCUUUGAAUAUCCUUAUGCUUCAAAAAUAUGGACAUGGAUCAGUGUCCAACUCCAGCAGCCUUACACUAUCAACAAAUUGGCAGACUGUUUAAAGAUCAUGAAAGAACCUUGGAGCCCACAGGCCUUAGCAGUUGUUAAAGCCAGCUUUUCUCACACCAUUAACCAACUUUGGAAAGCCAUAAAUCUUUUCAGAUUUGACAACAAAGUCACACAUUGGAAAAACUGCAUAUCUAAUAUUGCUGCUAGAGCAAAACUGGUGGGAAAUCACACUUCCAAAAAGGCUAAUGGUUCCUUGGUUAGUUUCUCUAUGCUAAAAGCUUUUGGCAUUAAUCUUCACCCUCGCAGUCAGCUUGACACUUUUGAAAUCCUUUGGUGUCCACCGGCUCCGGGUUGGAUUAAAUGCAACACAGACGGUGUUGCUUCUGGUUCUCCAUUGAUAGUUUUUUGUGGAGGCAUUUACCGUAAUGAUAAGGCUACGCACUUGCUCAGUUUCAGUGCGUUUUUUAAUGAGGGAUCUCCAGUUUUUGCAGAAUUCAUGGCAGCAGUUAUAGAUAUUGAAAAGGCUAAACAUUUGAAAUUGGAAUAA